AUGGCAAUGACAGAAGCAUCCCUAGUACCUAUCUUGAGGCGUCUCAUUCCUGGCCUGUCGAUUUACACUUCGGGCAAUUCCAACUUCCAAGAUUGCCUUAAGUUUUAUAACCAUGCCUUGGACGAGCAACCUUUGGUCUGUGUUAAACCUGUAAUAGACCAGGAGGUUGCCCAGGUGAUUCAAUUUUGCAACACAAGUGGUAUCCCAUUUUGCGUUCGCUCCGGCGGCCAUGACUUUUUCGGUCGCUCUUUGAUUAAGGGUGGCGUUCUUAUCGACAUGCGCGCAAUCGAUUCAAUUAUAGUUGAACCAGGUCGAGCCAGUGCGCGAGUCGGCGGGGGUGUGAUUGCCGGCACCCUGCAAGAAACACUUGGCUCCCAGGGCCUGUUCACCCCGACUGGACAGACAAAUACUGUGGGAUAUGUUUCAUGGGCUUGUGGUGGGGGAUAUGGCUUCUACGUUGGAACCUACGGUUUCGGGGUCGACCAGAUCCUCGGGGCUAGGAUUGUUAACACCGAUCAAGAUCCGGAAUUGCUCUGGGCGCUACGAGGCGCCGGCGCAGGCACAUUCGGCAUUGUGACCGAGCUUCGAGUGAAGGUCUACCCGGCACCCGACUUGUAUGCUGGGCUCCUUGCUUUCCCCUUAAGCGAUGCUGCGGCUGUUAUGGACCGAAUCGACAAGCUCUUAGAUAAGGACUUCCCCGAUGAAUUUAGCGGAGACGCUAUUGCCGCGCAUCCUGAAAUGAUUCCGAUGCCACUAUCCGAGCCUUGCUUGGUUCUGUUUUGGUGCUGGACUGUGACCAACGAGGGCCUUGCACCAGCAAAAAGAUUCCUCGACCAGAUGGUCCAGGUCGGCAAGGUUUUGGGAAAUACAGUCACGGAGACUACCCCAACCGCCUAUGGCGCAGGAGAUACAUCAUCACCCACUUUCGUUCGCAGUCGGAACGUUGACCGGAUGCAACACAAAGUCGGCGCCAUCCUUGCACAGCAGCCUCCUCCCUAUCCGAUGUCCAUAGUCAUCUUUCACAAUAACCAUGGGAAGGGGGUUCGGGAUGGAAUCGCGGAUGAAGUCGGGGCGGCCUUUGCGAAUCGAUACAAACAUGUCAUUCUUGGGUUCCAUGGUGGCACAAAAUCUGGAUCUGCUGACGCCCAGGACGUUUCCGACGCGGCCACAUGGGUCACAGAACUGAGAGAUGCGAUUGAUAAGGGACGAGCUUGCCUUGCAAGGAGGGUGGAUGUAGAACAGUUCUUCGGGGCAGAGGGGGCGGCAAGACUGCGGCGUCUGAAAGCACGGCUGGACCCGGACAAUAUAUUUUGCCAUGCACUGCCGGGUCUCGGGCAGGCUAAAUAG